GAUGGUGGCUGCCUCCCGGCUGCAGGUCCGAGGAGGAGGAAGAGGAGGAGAAGAGGAAGGAGAGGAGCCCACGGGACACUUCUCCCCCCACCACGGAUGGAGCAGAGCCGCUGACCCGGACCUCGGGGGAGGAGGAGGAGGCGGUGCCGGUGCCACCCAGCCCGCGGCCACCGCGACAGGAACCCGAGGAGGUGGCCACCUUACCGGCCAGGGCCACCAGCGUCCAGCUGGAGGGCUACCUGGGCCGCAAGCAUGACCUGGAGGCGGCCACCAAAAGGGCUUCCAACAGGUCCUGGAGCACCCGGUACUGUGUCCUGCGUGGGGGGCAGAUGGCUUUCUUCAAGGAUGCCAAGAGCCGAGCCCUGGGGCUGCCGUGCCACGGGGAGGAGCCCCUGGGGCUGCGGGAUGCGCUCUGCGAGGUGGCCGCGGGCUACAAGAAGAAGAAACACGUCUUCAAACUCAGGCUCAGCAAUGGCAGCGAGUGGCUCUUCCAUGGCAAGGACGAGGAGGAGCUGCAGGCCUGGCUGGGGGGGCUCAGCGCCGCCAUCGCCGAGUGCCGGGGGGGGGACAGCAAAGCCCAGAGCCUCCCCCUGCCCCUGGGCCCCCCCGCAGCCCCCCUGCCCCGCAAGGACAAGGAGAAACGCUUCAGCUUCUUCCCAAAAAAGAAAUAACCCCCCCAGGGAGGGGAGGGGGACACAGGCAGCCCCCUCAACCCCCCACCCCAGCGCGACCGAGACGGACGGAUGUGUCACACGUGUGCCCAGCCAGCACACGCGUGUGCCCGCACAUACGUGUACAGUGCCCCCCCGUGUGUGCACACGUGUAUAUAUAUAUACAUUUGUAUUUAUAUUUAUAUAUAUACAGCCCCCCCUCCCCCUUCCAGGGCACGCACACGCCUGUGUACACGCGUGUCCCGUGUGCACACACGUGUCCUGUGCGCACACACGUCCUGUGCACACGUGUCCCAUGCGCACACACGCAUCCACACGCGUGCACCCAACGCACACGGGUGUAGUGUGUGGGGGGGUCGGGUCGGGUGGGUGUGGUUGGGGAAAGGGGGGGAGUGGGUGGGAUGCAGCCCCCCCCAGGCGUGUCCCAGCAUGCACACACGUGUCCCAGCAUGCACACGCGUGUCCCUGCACGCAGGUGCACCCCCCCUGCACGCGUGCAUGGCCCCCCCACCCCCCCUUCCCCUCCCCAGCACCCAUGUGGGGUGGGGAGGGGGAUGCUGUGGGUGCUCCCCCUCCCCAAAGCCAUAGCCCCCCCACAAUGGGUGGGUGCAGAGGGGGGGUCCCUGCAGGGCACCAACCAAAGAGCAUCGGCCCACAGGCACGGGGUGGGUGGGUGGGGGGACAAUGCACGCCCUCCCCCCCCACCCCUGAGCCUGCACCCACACCCCCACCCCCCCUCCUUGCACCCACAGCCGGGCCGAGCCCCCCCAGGGGGGGUGUGGUGUGAGCAGAGAGAAACUUUGGGGUCAACUUUGGGGUUUUGUUUGUGGUUUGGUUUUUCUAAUAAAGAUGUGAAAGCCA